GCCCCGAUGUGAUUCUUGGCAUGGGAUGGGUUAUCACCUUGCCCUCGAAUGUGACUGUGAUUUUUCUUCUUAUCACCAGCAGUCCAAUCACUAUGUCGAAUACAGAGUUCACGCCGGAGCAUUUGAAAGAGAUCUAUGAUUUCGCGGUGCAACUGGCGAAGGAUGCGGGAAAGAUGUUGAUGGACGGUGUGGAGGCGAGAUGCGGCGAUGACAGCACGCCGAGUACACAGCAGGAACAUGUUGAAAAAGACAGCUCUGUUGAUAUUGUUACCCAAACUGAUGAAGAUGUCGAAGCCUUUGUCAAAGACCAAAUCACCAAGAAAUAUCCCAGCCAUGACUUCAUCGGCGAAGAAACAUAUUCCAAAGGCUCAUCAAGAGACUACCUCAUCACCACCGCACCAACCUGGUGCGUCGACCCUUUGGACGGCACAGUAAACUACACGCACCUCUUCCCCAUGUUCUGCGUUUCCAUCGCCUUCAUCCUCGACUCCAAGCCGACAAUCGGAGUAAUCUACGCACCCUUUCUCAACCAGAUUUUCUCCGCUUGCUCAGGUCAAGGAGCUUGGCUUAACGAAACUCGUCGCUUGCCUUUGAUUAGAAAUCCUGUACCUCCUAUGCCUGAGCAAGCGCCCAAAGGUUGUGUAUUUAGCUGUGAGUGGGGAAAGGAUAGAAGGGAUGUUGAGGAUGGCAACUUGUAUAGGAAAAUUGAGAGUUUCAUGAAUAUGGCGGGAGAGAUUGGGGGCAGGGGCGGAAAAGGCGGUAUGGUACAUGGUGUGAGGAGUCUUGGAAGUGCAACACUCGAUCUCGCAUACGUUGCCAUGGGCUCUUUCGACAUUUGGUGGGAAGGCGGAUGCUGGGAAUGGGAUGUAGCGGCUGGCAUCUGUUUAUUGCAGGAAGCUGGUGGAUUGGUCACGACUGCCAACCCACCUGAAGACCCUGCUACUACUGCUAUUGAAGAGGUCAAGUUGGGAAGCAGAUUAUAUCUCGCCAUCAGACCUGCCGGACCUUCAGCAACAGAGACAGGAAGACAGAGUCAGGAGAGAGUGGUCAGAGAAGUCUGGAAGAGAGUCAGACAUUUGGAGUACUCGAGACCUGGUGCAUAGGUGCAUUGGUGACAUAUAUGAAUUGCAUAGAGAAGAACCAAGACCACAAUAGACAACGGUCUCGCGCCGGACGUCAUCAGCAUAUCGCAUAACAUGGUGCUACAUUUGCAGCCGUUCACUAGCCCUACUCAUCAUCGACGACAUGCUGUGCACUCGCCGAGUCUUGUCCGCCCUCCUUGCAAUAUCAAUGCUUGACCAAUAACCAGUACCUCAAACGACCACGGCGUCCUUCUCUCCGAAGAUAUACGCCCGUAACCCAUGC